AUGAUUAUACUCCAGUGUACUCCCCAUCGUUUCUCCGCUCUCCUGGCAGCGACCGUACUCUCUACACUCUUCUUCCCGGGUCCAUACCAUGUUCACGCCCAAUUUACUCUUCCGUCCUCCUUCAUAAACCCCCUGAUUGGCACCACCGGACCAGAACCGGGCCAAUCGGGUGGAAUGGUUCCCUCCGUAGCACCCCCCUUCGGUUCAUGUAAAUGGGUAGUCCAAAACCAACAAAACUGGGUCUCACGAACUUCAUUCAACUUCACCGAUGACUAUAAAGUCUACGGAUUCAUAGGAAGUCGUCAACCAGCCAUCUGGAUGGGCGAAAGCGCAUGGGCUGGUGUUGUUCCUGGGAGUGGCGAUAAAAUCAAAACAGGUUGGGACGAGAGAGGGAUGAACAGGGUAAAAGGGAGUGAAGAGUUUGGCGUUGGGUUUUACGGCGUUGAACUUGAGCAAGAAAAAGGGAAAAUCAAAGUUGAAAUGAGCGCAACGUCUCGAGUGGGCCACUUUCGUUUCACGUUCACGGAUACAGAACAACCGUACAUAUUCGUCCCCGUCACUCGUCAAUCAACACUGUUCCACACCCCGAAUAUCUUCAACCAUUCGUAUUUUCCAACUGGCACUGUUGAAAUUACGGAGAGUGGAGGGCAGAACCGUUCGCUCGAAAUAUGCGGAUCAAAUGAUGAAUUGCAAGACCAACUUCUCGCUCCUACAUCCAUUGCUGAAAAUGCGAAGAACUUCAAAGGCUUUAUUUGUGCCCGAUUUUCCGCUCACUCUUCGUAUGGUAUCACGUCCGGAAAUACCACGGAAGAGAAUGCGGUUUCUGGAAGUGGGCGUGAACUUGGUGCCUUUGUUCGAUUUAAAGCUACCCCCCACGCCAGCACGGUGGUUGACGUUCGGAUUGGCACCUCUCUGAUUUCGACGGAUCAGGCUCGUUGGAACAUUGAUAACGAAGUUCCCGAAGGGGAUGAAGUUGAAGCCACUCGCAAGAAGACAGAGGCAAAAUGGGCAGAAAAAAUCGGAAGAUUCGAGAUUGAUACGGACGACGAAGAGGGAAAGGCGGUCUUCUUAACCGCCGUUUCUAGAGCUACUCAGUUUCCCUACGAAGUCCACGAUCCAACCUCAGGAGGAGUGAGCCGUUAUUAUUCAGCCUACGACAAUGCAAUUCAUGAAGGAGAUUCAUACAACGGAUACUCGAUCUGGGACACUUACCGAGCAGCUUGGUCUUUCCAACUCCUCUUUGCACCCGAAAGAAUUCCUGGAAUGGUAAGGAGCAUGUUACACGACUUCAAAGAGGGCGGAUGGUUGCCUAUGUGGAAGAAUAUCGUCGAAACCAACAUCAUGGUGUCCACCCACUCCGACUCUCUCUUGGCCGAAGCCAUUCGAAAGGGGUUCCUAUCCGCGUUCACAGAUGGAGAACUGACGACGAUGUGGGAAGCAGUGUGGAAGGAUGCAUCUAUUCCGCCUGUGAAUGAUGAAAAUACGGUGUAUAGUGAUCGACAAGAAGGCGUGGACUUUGAAGCCCGAGCGGGUUUAACAACUUACAUGAACAAGUCGAUGGGUUGGGUAGCGGUGGAUGUCCACUCGGAGAGUGUCAGUAGGACGUUGGAUUACGCGUACGACGACCACGUCCUUUCUAUUCUGUCCUCUCUCCUCCCAAACCACAUUACCGCCACCACGAACACGAACGUCAACUUGACACAAUUUUUGGACACACGUGCUCGGAGAAAUGCUUGGAUCGUAUGGAACAAUUCGACAGGAUUCGUACAAGCCCGGUUCCGUAAUGGCUCUUUCGAUCCAGACACUGCUGCAGGAUUUACGGAAGGCAGUCGCGGAGUGUAUUCAUUAUCUCAAGGACUUGUUUGGGGUGAUUCGAUACAUGACUUGGUAGAGAGGAGGGGCGGAAUAAGUGGGUUUGUUGAUAGUUUGGAUGACUAUUUCAAUGGUCCAGAAGUAGAUUUCAGGAACGAGCCAGCCCACCAUACUCCAUAUCUCUACGCUCUUGCGUCGCCAGCCCAUGCAAGAUCAACCCAGAGUCUCGUACGGGAACUCGCUAAGGCCAAUUUCAACAACACACCGCAAGGUUUGAGUGGGAAUGAUGACUGUGGACAAACAAGUUCGUGGUACAUAUUCUCCGCGAUGGGUUUCUACUCUGUCGAUCCAGCGAGUGGGGAGUACGUUCUCGGAUCCCCUUUCUUCUCAAAAAUGACGGUACAUAUUCCGAAAUCUUUGGUUCAUGGAAAUGAAGACCCGCAUGGAGCGUAUAAUUCGAAGACGGACAGUUAUGUUCUCCAAAUCUCCGCGAAAGGGGCCGAGAAGAAGUGGCAUGUUGAGGAUGUCAGAGUGAAUGGGGUGUCUAAGAAAGAUACAAUGAGGAUCCAACACGAAGAUAUCAUUUGGGGAGGGGUUAUUGAGUUUGAUAUGACUGAUUAA